UCGCAUAGAUAUGACGUAGGGUAAACGCGUGUUCGUAUGGCGGCAGUGUGGAGAAGAUCUGCCAGACUUUUCAUCCUCCUGCAGAGACAUUACAGUUGUACAUUUACAUCUCAGAAUUUCAACCAUUUUUCUGUGGUCCAGUCUCAAAAAGCCAUGACUGACCAAUCCCAGACUGAUCAGAGCCUCUUCAAGCCCCCUUCCACAGUACGGGGCAUGACAGAACUGGACCGCUCUGCUUUCGGUCAGACAGUGAGUGUUCCCGCCAUACGGUUACCAACCAACAUUCUCAACAAAGCAGUGAAAAGUUUGAAGAAAGUGGCAUUACAGAGGCCAGGACUCAAACGUGUUGUGGAGGAACACGGUGAAGAUGGGAAUGCAGACUGUAGUGUUAUUGAACAUCGGCUGCUGUUAUUGGACCCGAACAGCAUUACAUCUUCAGACUCGUUUGGCAGUGAGGAGGCAGAAGCUUUGAAAGCUUAUAGUGUGCCUCAGGAGAUCCAGAGCUAUGAACUCAAACUUACCUAUGAGAACUUUAAAGGCGAAGAGAUUUUGCGAGCUGUUCUUCCUGAAGGACAGGAUGUUACAUCAGGAUUUAGCAGAGUGGGCCACAUCGCCCAUAUGAACCUGAGAGACCAUCAGCUACCCUACAGAAAACUGAUCGGUCAAGUGAUCAUAGAUAAGAACCCUGGCGUCACCUGCGUGGUCAACAAGACCAACACCAUUGACUCCACAUACAGGAACUUCCAAAUGGAGGUUUUGGCAGGAGAGAGUAACAUGGUGGCAAAGGUACGAGAAAAUGGGGUAUUAUACGAGUUUGAUUUCUCUCGUGUGUACUGGAACCCUCGACUAAGCACCGAGCAUGAGCGUAUCGUUUCCCUCCUUCAUCGAGGCGAUACUGUAGUGGAUGUUUUCGCCGGAGUCGGUCCAUUCGCCAUCCCAGCAGCCCGUCGAGGCUGUGCAGUCCUCGCUAAUGACUUAAACCCAGAGUCCUUUCGUUGGCUCCAGCACAAUGCAAAGCUCAACAAGGUUGACCAAAAAAUAACAACGUCUAACUUGGAUGGACGUGACUUUAUCCGGGGGCCGGUCCGGGAGCGCCUGCCUGCUCUAAUGAAGGGAUCACAAAAGAUACAUGUGGUGAUGAACCUUCCUGCUCUGGCUCUCGAGUUCCUUGAUGCUUUCAGGGGUUUACUGGACCCAGAACCAGACCAGAGUCUUUCUAACCUGCCUCAGGUGCACUGUUAUGGGUUCUCCAAAGAGAAUGAUCCUCAGCGGGACGUAGUGGAGAGGGCAGAGACCAGUUUAAAGACUAAUCUGCAAGGACAGUGCUCCGUGCAUCUGGUGAGGAAUGUGGCACCUAAUAAGGAGAUGAUGUGUGUGAGUUUUACUCUGCCGAGGGAAGUCCUGUACAACACACACACCCAAGACAGAGACACUUCAGAAGAGCCAUGUCCUAAAAAACAGAAGUGUGAAGAUUCAACGAACUGAAUAAAUUGAGUAUUUAGUUUACUUGCAUGUUAAUAUGAUAAACCUGGAGUAUUUAGUUUUGUGUUCUUUUAAUUUUUUUAAAUAAAUUAUUAUUAUCAUUCCAUGCUGUUGCAUUUC